AUGUAUAUCCCCAGCAUGUGGUACUGGCCGGCGCCGUACGCCUGCCCACACAGUGUCUCUAGUGCACUAGCCAUUCCCAACUGUACGGAGAAAUACCAAGAGGCCGAAAUCAAAACCGGUGAUGACGCUGAUGAGGAUAGAAAUGGCGGCGAAUUCGGUGUCGCCAAGGUGUCCGGCAAAGGCUUGGGUGAUGACAUUGUACGAGAAGCGAGUCGACUCACUAUUGCGGGACCCACUAUACGCCAAAGCAGCUUUGACUCGGCCAUGAACCUUCGCCCGAGACUCGCAUCAUGGAUAUUGCUCCACUCAUUAUCACCUCUCGACACUAGCAAAGGAGCGUUACUUUCUUCUCCCAUGACUUUAUAU